AUGUCAAAUUACAUUUUCAGUUUGGGAGAUACUCUUUUCACUCCAAAUGGUGUUUAGUAUAGAUUUGGCAUGUGGUUUUGGACAUACUGGCCUAGGAAUUCAGGAGAUGAUGCCUUGUAUUUUCUGAGGAAUGUGCUCUUUCACAAUUUCUAGAAUGUAAGUUGGCAUUCAAUGAGAUAAGUACCAGUCACACAUUCGACCAGAUAUGCAAUGUUAAAGGCAAUAGUAAAUGAUGAUAUUGAAAUGAUCAAUCAGUGUCUAGAUCGGGGCUGGGACAUUAAUGCGAUUCUUGAUAUUGAAGGAAAAUUUAACGCAGCUAGUCUAGCUGCCCAUCUUGACAAAUUAGAAAUCUUACAUUAUUUAGAUAUGAGAGGAGCCGACAUUAAUAGUGCUGUGGGCAAGCAUUAGCAGACUCCUCUUAUGACAAGUAUGAUGAGUUGGAAUGUCAGAAUAAUUGACUAUCUAAUGGAGAGAGGUGUCGACCCAUUUAUCAAAGAUUCAUAUGGAUUUACUGCUUUAAGGAAGGCUCAAAUAAAGUAGUUUAGAACUAUAUCAUCUAUGCUUUAGCAAUAUGAGCAAAGAUUUUAAAGCAGGCAAAUUAGCUUUUUAAACUCCAUAACAACUGAUAAAUGGCAUAAAGAACUUGAAAAUGUUGAUAUUACUAAAUAUAAAACAUUUGCCAUUCACAAGGGAAGUGAAAGUACAUCAAUGGGAAAAUUCAAGCCCUCUGAUUUUCUUACGUCAGGGACAUAUCCCUUCUCUAACUUAGAAGAUAACUCGAUCGUGUUUAAAUUCAUUAAUCAUAACUUCAUAUUCUUCAGAUCAGGUGAUGAAAAGUUGGUUGCUUGA